CAAGUCCAUCUCAUGGCUUUCCUUCAUUCCUCUGUCUUCUCCUGCUUAGCCUUUGUUGUUCUAACUUUUACUCUUCUCUACACUCCACAAGGUUAUGAAAGGGAUACAGAAAGCCGACACGUGGUUAGUGUUCACUCUUUGCUACCUAGCUCAGCUUGCUCCUCAUCGAAAGAUUCAAAUACAUCGAGGCUGAAGCUAGUCCACCGGCAUGGCCCAUGCUCACCGAUCAGCACCAGCCGGGAGCCAUCCCACGUCCAGCUUCUCGACGAAGAUGAAGCCCGAGUUCACUUGCUCCACCACCGCAUCUCCAUCGCCACCUCCGGUUCGGACAACACCAGCAGCUCGCUUGCGGCAACAAUCCCGGCCUACACCGGCGUCGCACUCGGCACCGGCAAUUACAUCGUUACCGUGGGCUUCGGCACCCCCAAGAGGGACCUCACGGUGGUGUUCGACACCGGCAGCGACCUCACCUGGAUCCAAUGCAAGCCAUGCAGCAGCGGCGGCUGCUACACCCAACAGGAGCCACUCUUCGACCCAUCCAAAUCCUCCACCUAUUCCAAAAUCCCCUGUGGCUCCUCCGAGUGCUCGUUGCUCGAAUCUUCCACCUGCAGCACCGCGACCCCGUCGGCGUGCCGGUACGACGUCGAGUACGGCGAUAACUCCCAAUCCGGCGGCUACUUCAGCCGCGACACCUUGACGCUGACGUCCUCCGAGCUGGUAUCGGGUUUCAUGUUCGGCUGCGGCGAUGACAACAGUGGGCUCUUCGGCACGGCGGCCGGACUGCUCGGCCUGGGACGUGGAAAAGUGUCGUUGGUGUCGCAGGCAAAGAAGUACGGGGGAGUCUUCUCGUACUGCCUCCCGGCGCCGUCGAGCUCGGCGGGCUACCUCACAUUCGGCGGCGGCGGUGGCGGCGCAACGUCGAAGGUCAAGUUCACGCCGAUGCUGUCGGUCUCCAACAUGCCGUCGUUCUACUUCGUGAGUCUCCUGGCGAUCAGAGUCGGCGGUACGCAGCUUCGGAUAUCUCCGAGGGUGUUCUCGGCCGGCGGGACGUUGCUGGACUCGGGCACGGUGAUUACUCGAUUGCCGCCGUCGGCCUACGCGGCCCUUCGGUCGAGGUUCCGGCAGCUGAUGAGGAAGUACAAGACGGCGCCGGCGUUGUCGAUACUGGACACUUGCUAUGACUUCACGGGGUAUGAGACGGUGCAGGUGCCGACGGUGCAGCUGGUGUUCGGCGGCGGGGCGAGCCUUAGCGUCGACCUCUCCGGCAUACUGUACGUGGCCAAAAUGUCGCAGGCGUGCCUGGCGUUUGCCGGCAACGGUGACGUGGGCGACGUGACGAUCAUCGGCAACGUGCAGCAGAGGCGGUUCAAUGUGGUCUACGAUAUCGCCAAGAAGCAAAUUGGGUUCGGUGCAAAAGGUUGUUAGCCAUGGGUAAUUGAUGAAUUGAAUCAAGCGA